AUGUCAAACUCGAAUGAUUCGUCUUCCUGUUCGUCGACAUACUCCUCACCAAUUAUUUCUCUAAACGCUCAGCAUCACAAGGAUAAGUUUAGGAGAUCACUUUUCACUGAAGAUAAUCCAAUCAAUCAGGUUCAAGAAAAUGACAACAUAAAAGAGAGAGAACAUAAUAAUAGUAAUAAUAACAUUCAGGAGGCCAAUCGAUAUACAGUUUACCUAGAUGAUACAAGGUUUGAAACGACAGAUUCAUUACAUCAUGGCUCAAUUGAUGUUGAACGUUCCUCUAGCACUACUGACUCAUUUGUAACGGUAUCUUCAUCACAAUUGGAUAGAUCAUUAAUAAAUCCAAACUCGAAUCUUCAGCCGAGAACAGCAUCUGUCGUAUCAAUCAUACGACGAAAUUCAAACUCACAAGAACGUGGUCGUAUACUAUCCAAUAUAUCCUAUUCGAAUAGUAUGUUAUCUGACACUAAUCAAGACAAAAUUCCAAACAAUCAACGAAUAGGAGGAGAUUUACAAUCUCCUUUAAGACAAGGCAGUAUUGGUACUGUUAGUACCGCAUUCUUGAUAGAUCCAGAAAAUUCGCAUAAUAUACCAUCAACAGCUGGUACGCAUCGUAGACCCUCAUCACGCAUUACACCAUCACGACUUAGUUCCGCUUCAUUUCAUUCGCAACCAGAACAAAAUCUAGCUCCAAGUCCAACCAAUGUUUCAAGCUUUAAUAAAAAUUCUGAUAAUGACCAUUCAUACUCCACUAAUUACCAAUUUGAUGAUACCGUUGAACCACAUAUCGAAGAGGCUGUUCAACUUCUUAGAAGUGAAAUGAAAGCGAAAUAUACCAAUAUAUACUCACCGGGUUAUAAUCAGGACGCCAAGUAUGAUCACGAUCCCAAUCUUUACAACAAUAAUAACAAUAACAACAACAAUGAUAAUGAUAAUAUUCCUACAACCAUAAUACCAAAUUCUAAACAAACAAAUGCAUCGAUCCCAUUCAACGACAACAUAUUAGAAGAUGAUCAAGAAGAUGAAUUCGUUCCUCAUCAAUAUAAAAUACCUACGAAGGUUUCAUUACGAUCACUUAAUGAGAAAACUGCUGAUAACCACUCUUUCCAAAGAUCAUUUAGUGGUAACUCCAGGAAAACCCAAGGAUUCAAUUCGUCGCUAUUAAGUAACUAUAUUACAUCGCCUUCAAAGGAAUCGACGUUUCAGAAAAUGCGCGAUACUUCAAGAACGGCUCAUUCAUCACCAUUACACGAACAAAAUAUCCCUAUUGAAGGCCCAUCUCAUGAAUUAGAAGCCGAGGAACCUAGAGUAGCAAAAAUUCCUGUGCUAAGAGAUAUCUCAGGUUCUAAAAGAUGGAAAUUAACUCCAUCUAUGCAUUUAAAGGAAAACGUUCAAUUCCAACCAUUAAGUGACCAUCCAGAAGAAGAUAUAAUUCAAGAUUUCCAAGCUGAAAGUGAAUUACCAGCUAGAAGAAAUAACGAAGUACAACUACCCCCUACCCUAAUAUCUGAUCAAAUCCUUGUUCCACCACAAAUUAACGAUGAAAUAUACCAUCUAACUCCUACGAUAUCCCAGAUUUCUAAUGCGAUUAACACGAUCCAUCGAUAUAGAAAAGAAAUACAGGUUCAAUCUCUCAUGUAUGACAUGUUUCCGACUGACUUAGAAACUAAUAGUAUUGAAAUUAUGCAGCACAUUGAUAAUUCAUCAAUUCAAUCUUUUGAUUCUCAAAAUUUGAAAAUAUUGGAGAUAUAUUCCAUAUAUAGGAUCAUCUUAACCAUACUUUGUUGUAUCGUAAUACCACCGUUUUUCUUUAUGAUCGGAAUCCCCAAUAGAUUCAUUUCAGAAUAUAGAUUAUUAAGGAUGUUAAUGAAUAGCGACCAUAGACUUGGUUUGUAUCGAGGGUUCAUAUGGGAUGUUGAUGUUGGAUGGUUUCGACACUUAUGUUUGGCACUGGGGACUAUCGAACUUAUAUGCAUAUGCGCUUCUAUAGCUGUCGGAUUCGGUGUAGGAAUGACGCGGUGA